AAGGGUCUCCACCGGAAACCAGCUCUUGUUUCACUUUCGCUUUACUGGAUCUCUUGCGGCGGUCAUGAAAGUCGGGGUUUCUUUUGAAGGGUUUAUAAUUAUUUCUUUCCUGAAACGUGUCUUUCCUGUUUGUACAACAGCCGGUCUCCUGUCGUCUCAGCGGUAGUGAGGUAGGGCACUACCCCACAUCGGAGGUUUCUAAAGAAGUGCGUCAUCAUUGCGUCGUUUUUCCACCAUAAUCUGCUUAUUAAAAACCUGUAAGGUGGGUUGUUCUGUGUAAACUCAUUAGUGACAGCAACAGGAAAAAAAAAAAAAAAAAACGACUCUUUGCGAUCGCGAACCCCGGGUUGACUUUAAUUUUUGGACUGGUUGGUUAAUGUUUUUAUUUUACUUGAAACAUAGUCGCCGUGGACCUACUUCUAUCAACAAAAACAUGUCGCCUUCGGAAGACCGUCACCUCCUGGCGAUCAGUGUUGUAGCGGAUGAUCUGAGCAGCGGGGACCGCAAGAAGGCCAUCUACCUCUGCGGGAGCUUGGUUGCUGACAGCAGCGUGGAUCUUGUCAGGGAGACAUUAAGAUAUAAAGUGGACAACGAUGGAGACCCUCGAGUGUUUAUUAUGUCCGUCCUGUGGCAGUUAGGGCGGUACGACAUACUGAGGAAGUUGUAUAAAGUCGGGAGAAACGACAUAGAGCAGCAGAUCCAUAUAUAUGGACAAGUUCUCCCGAGAUUCAGAGUACUUAUGGUGACGAUAAGCGAUGAUCUGGCAAUGACUGACGUGGAGCAAAUCAAAUUUCUCUUGAGUAAGACUCUAACUCGGGAAAAAAUAGAAAAUUCCAAGACCUUUUUGGAUGUGGUGAUUGAACUGGAGAAGCUGGAUUCCGUUUCGCCCGAAAGAGUAGAGAUCGUAGAGGAGUGUUUACACCACAUCGGCCGGCUUGAUCUGGUCAAAAAAGUGACUGCUUACAAGAUGUCGGUUCAAACCCCUGGAAGGCAUUUGAUUCAACAGCAAAGUUCUAUUGCUGAGGCAACUAGUCAUGUGCAGCCCUGGGACACUGCUGUGUCUUCUGAACGCGGUCCACCUCCACGACUAAGUUAUCGAGCUGCUGCAACUGAACAAAAAUACACCCAACACUUUGCAGCCAGUGUAAAGAUGUCAUUGCCUGUAUGCAGAGAGCCAAGCAGUAGGGUUCAGCUAGAGCAGUACAACUUUACAGCCAAUCCAAGAGGAGUCUGUGUUAUUUUUGACUGUGUGGGUAAAGAUGGAGAAAUGUUAUCAAAGGUGUUUGAGGCUCUCCACUUCAAAGUUCUCCUCUACUCCAUGCUGGGAGCUGACGAGAUUUUUGCAGCUCUCAAAGAUAUCUCCAAGCACAGAGAGAACCACAGAGGGGAUGCUUUUGUCUGCUGCAUCAUUAGCCGCAGCAUGGCUAACAAUUUUCUGGGUACAAGCGUGCGCGGCAGCAGUCUUUCUAUGGACUCGGUCAGACAUCUGUUAUUACCAGACUCUUGCCCCAUGCUGGCCGGCAAGCCAAAGCUCUUCUUCAUCCAAAGCUACGACAUUCCAGAGUUUGAUCAUUUGGGCAGAAGGGAGUGCCAGGUGGGGUACUUGGAGACAGACGGCUGUCAUAGCCCACCCAUGUAUAAUUACAUCCCCAAAGAAGCAGACAUAUUCUGGAGUCAGUGCUGGACAGAUGAAAGACAGCUGCAACAAAAGCAACAUCACUCCGUUUACCUGAAAGCACUGGCUGAUGGCUUAAGCAAAUCCCAGAGAUGGAAAAUGGGUCUACUUGAUGUUCAUACGGAGGUGAAUGGGGCCAUCUAUGAUCAUAACAAAAGAAAUCCUGAAGCAAAUUACCGUUGUGAAGUAAAACAUACUCUGAGAAAAAAUCUUUAUCUAUAAUAGAAAAGUGAAAGAAACAUUAUUACUUUUACUAAGACCCUAAGCGCCGUCGGACUAAACUCACUAAACUUUGCCUUAUGAAGAACAUGUUUUCUGUGUGUACACUGACCCCUACUGGUUAGCAUGAAAGAAGACACUCUAAGGGAGCAAUAUAUUGAAUUAGAGUAAACUCAACGUUUAUUUUUUCAGUAAUUUAAUUCAAAAAGGGAAACCCAUUUAUUAUAGACUUAUUACGCACAUGUUUAUAUAUUUCCAGUGUUUAUUUCUGGUAAUUUUGAUAAUUGUGGCUUACAGUUAAUGAAAACUCAAACUUCAGUUUCUCAGACAAUUACGCCACUAAUAAAAAUGGAUGCUUAACACAGAGAUAUCAACAUGCUGAAAGGUAUGUCCUUGUACUGUAGAGUAUGUGCAGUCAGUACAUGGUUGGGGCUCCUUUUUCAUGAGUUACUGUUUCAGUGCAGCGUAGCAUGGAGGUGAUCAGGCUAUGAUUCCGCUGAAUUGUUAUGGAAGCCCAGGUUGCUUUUUAGUGGCCUUCAGCUCAUCUGCAUUGUUGGUGUUCUCAUCUUUCUCAUGACAAUAUUCCAUAGAUUCUCCAUGUGGUUUAGGUCUGGCCAGUUUGCUGGCUAUGCAAGCACAGUGACACCAUGGUCAUUAAACCACUGAUUAGUACUUUUAACAGUAUGAGAAAGUGCCAAGUCAUGCUGCAAAAAUGAAAUCAGCAUCUCCAUAAAGCCUAUCAGCAGAAGGAAGCAUGAUGUGCUCUAACAUUUCCUGGUAGAUGGCUGUACUGACUUUGGACUUCAUAAAACACAGUGGACCAACACCAGCAGAUGACAUGACUCCUCCAAUCAUCCCUUACUGUGAAAAGUUUGAUUUUUUUGGCCUUUCCACUUUUCUUCUAGACUUUGUGACCUUAAUUUCCAAUUUAAAUACAAAAUGUACUUACAUCUGAAAAGAAGGCGUUGGUUCUGGACUGGCUUAGAGCAAAGAAUGCAACACCUGUAGCCUAUGUCCUAGAAACAUCUGUAUGUGGUGGCUCUUCAAGCACUGACCAGUGCCUUGUGAUUCUUCCCCCAAACCUUGAAUGCUUCACAACCGUCUGUGCAACACUCUAUAACACUAUUCCUUCCAGUAAACUUUCCAUUAGUCGAUUUCCAUUGGAUACAGCAAGCUAUGAACAGCCAGCUUUAGCAAGGACACUCGUGGCUUCUGCUCUUUGUGGAGGCUGUCAGUAGCUGCUGGACACCUGUUAAGUCAGCAUGAUUGUGUAAACCAUAACAUUUCUGUAUUGAAACAUCCCUGUUUUGCUCUGAUGUAAUUUUCUGGAAACUGAAUUUUGAGUUUUCAUUAGUUGUAAGCCAUAAUUAUUAAAAUUUGUAUCCACAUAAUUUAACUUUUUCAAUGAAAUUACUGAAAUUAAUUAAUUUAUUUCCAUGAUAGCCGUAUUUACUGAGAGACACCUGUAUAAUACACUAGACUUUUAUUUAUGUAUUUAUUUAUUUAUUUCAACUUUUUUUCCUACGCAUAUACUACAUACACUUCAUACCAGUCUGAAAACCUUUUUUUUGCAGUUGAUUAACAGAAAAGCUGAACAUUUCUAACAAAAGUGCCCUUUUGAAAUAUUUAAAUUAACAUCAAGUCAGGUUUAAGCAUUUAAAACUAAAUGGAUGUGUAAAUAAAUGUAAAAAAGGUCAAUGAACUUAUGACCUAUUUUUGACGUGUGUCACAUCACAUUAAACUUGCUGUGAUAAACAAAGUACUUCAGCCAUUCACUGGUUACAUUUUUUUGUUUAAUUAACUGAAAACCUUUUAUAAGAAACAGUAAAUUGCAUUAAAAUUUAAUUUUUAUGUAAAUGCUAUCAUUUGGCAGCUCAUGACUUCAGCAAAAAACAAACAAACAUAGAAUCCAAAUUAAAAAUGUAAAAAAACAAACAAAAAAACUGAUCCUACACUAAGCUACCAUCAUACCCUGCUGUGUUUUUCCUUUAAGUGUAAAUUUAUAUCCAUGUCAUGAUGUGCAGCUAAGACGGUGAGCGAAGAUUAACAGGAAAGGAGUUCAGAUCACGUCAGUUCAAGCUUUGCUACUCUUCCUGAGGUCUCCAGUCAUUCCUUUUUUAUGUAAAUUCAUUGUUGUUGAGCAUGUGAUGAAGCCCAUGUUAUAAAGCCACUUCUGCUUUUAAUAUCUAACCUUUUAUAUAUAAAUCUGUAUAAAUAUCUAUAGAUAUAUCUAUAUAAAACAUGUUGAAGUCUAUUUCUAUUAAUUAAUGACAUUUGUAUGUCAGUUUGACACAUUUAAUUGUUGCCUUUCAAAUAAUUUAAAAGCUGUUGAAACAGCUUAACAGCAAGCUAUUUGUAAAAGUCACUUCUAAUUACUCUUAUCUCCAGGUUGGACAUAUUAUGGUAAAACUAACUGAAAUCAACAUUUUUGACACUUAGGUGUCAAAAAUGUUGACACCUAAGUGUCAACACUUAAGUGUUUACACCUUUAAAUAAAUAUUUCACAU